ACAGGACACGAUUGAGGAUCACGUCGGCGAAAGAGCGUCUUCGGGCAAAAGCCUUGAUUUGAAAUGGAAUCAGCUGAUUCGCUGGAUGGGGGCGGGUUCAAAUACGGGUGGAGGCCAUCUUGGACGGCCGGUUGACAAGAGUCUCUCGUAGUCAGCUAAAAAAUUGAUUACACUUCUCGAACACCACGCAGGGAGUCGGUUAUCGCAAUUAUCCGAGGGUUGGACAGACCCGGGUACGGACGCGGCGGCUCAGUGAAGCCAGACAGGAUGACUAGCUGAACGGUCGGCCAACACUCGAACGAGCACGCUCUCCCGACCACACUGGCAGGUUCCGUCUAUGCUACACUCACAAUUCAUACAGGAAUCCAUGCCUAGGACUCUUCUGAAAUUCGGAGAGAGGAAUUUGUUCCUUGACACUUGGUGACCCCCAAAACAGUAUUGUGGAAGAACCCGCUGAGACUGAAGACUUGGACACUUGACAUUAAGACAAGCAUUGGGAGUCUGGAGAGGGAAGGACAAUCUUGACUUCUGUGUGGUCCCAGCGUAGUGGACUCGCACCAGCCAGAGACCGCUGAGAGGGUUUCAUCGCUAUUGGAACGGAGAAGCGAAGUAACCAUGAGCACCGUCAGGACGGAGAACCCGGUGAUCCUGGGCCUGUCAAAUCAGAAUGGACAACUCAGAGGCUCGGUGAAGCCCGCUGGAGCACCAGGCGGAGGCGGAGGGGGCCCUCAGCAACAGCUACUAAGCCAGAUGAAAGGCACAAUCAACAAUGGGAAUUCCCAGCCAGCCCCUACAACCAACGCGGUCAUCAAGCCUGGAGAUGACUGGAAGAAAAAUUUGAAAUUGCCCCCAAAGGACAUGAGGAUGAAAACUUCGGAUGUGACAGCAACAAAAGGCAACGAGUUUGAAGAUUAUUGCCUCAAGAGGGAGCUACUCAUGGGAAUCUUUGAGAUGGGCUGGGAAAAGCCAUCUCCAAUCCAGGAGGAAAGCAUUCCCAUUGCACUGUCAGGAAGGGAUAUUUUGGCCAGAGCUAAGAACGGCACAGGGAAGAGUGGAGCCUACCUCAUUCCCUUACUUGAACGCAUUGACCUGAAGAAGGACUGCAUACAAGCUAUGGUCAUAGUGCCCACCAGAGAACUGGCUCUGCAAGUAAGCCAAAUAUGUAUCCAGGUCAGCAAACGCAUGGGCGGAGUGAAGGUGAUGGCGACCACAGGUGGAACCAACCUGCGUGAUGACAUUUUGAGACUUGACGAAACAGUACAUGUUGUCAUCGCGACUCCUGGGAGAAUUUUAGACCUCAUCAAGAAAGGAGUGGCCAAAGUCAAUCAAGUGCAGAUGGUUGUUCUGGAUGAAGCUGACAAACUGUUGUCUCAGGACUUUGUGCUCAUGAUGGAGGAGAUGCUCGGCUUCCUGGCCAAACAGAGGCAGAUUCUACUUUACUCUGCAACCUUCCCUCUCAGUGUGCAAAAGUUUAUGAAUUCCCACUUGCAGAAACCUUAUGAGAUCAACCUAAUGGAGGAGCUUACUCUGAAGGGUGUGACUCAGUAUUACGCUUAUGUAACUGAAAGGCAAAAGGUCCAUUGCCUUAACACCUUGUUCUCCAGGCUCCAGAUCAACCAGUCCAUAAUCUUCUGUAACUCCUCUCAGAGAGUGGAGCUCCUUGCCAAGAAGAUCUCUCAGCUUGGAUAUUCAUGUUUCUACAUUCAUGCCAAGAUGAGACAGGAGCAUCGCAACCGCGUGUUCCACGACUUCAGAAACGGUCUGUGUCGGAAUCUCGUCUGCACUGAUCUCUUCACAAGAGGAAUUGACAUUCAAGCUGUGAAUGUUGUGAUCAAUUUUGACUUUCCGAAGCUGGGAGAAACGUACCUUCAUCGCAUUGGAAGAUCUGGCCGCUUUGGACACUUGGGUCUGGCCAUCAACCUCAUCACCUAUGAUGAUCGCUUCAACCUGAAAGGUAUUGAGGAGCAGCUUGGAACAGAGAUCAAACCCAUCCCUGGCAUCAUCGACAAGAGCUUAUAUGUGGCGGAGUACCACAGUGAGAGUGGUGAAGAAGUCAAGCCAUGAGCCAAUCAGUCCAUCCUCCAUUCCCCCACGUACCCAUUUUCAACCCCCCACCCCAACAGACCCCCUCACCCCCACCCAAUUUUGGAGUUGUUUUUCUUUCUUUGUUUUUUUGUUUUUUUUAAAUGUACAGUUUCCGUCUGUCUUCCUUUUUUGGAUGCCACCAUAAGGAAUGUGUAUUUUUGAUGGAUACAUUUCGGGAGAACUCAUUUGCCUUUUCAUAUGGCUAAAGUGCUGCACCGCCGCAUCUGAAGACAUGAGCACCGGGAGGAAAGCACGGGACCAAGUUGAAAAUACCGAUGCACAUCGUGACGAUUCAUAUCCACGACUGACACAAAGCCAGCACCGACAGACCCCAAAACACACCCUCCCAUCCUCCACUUUUAAUUUUGAAAGUUUUAACCAAUUUGUAUCAAGUGCCUUAACAAGCAGUUCAACUCGUUCUAAAGUAAUAACUCUUCAUAGUCCUCCAUCUUGCUCCCUUCAGACUCACCAAAUUGUCUAGUCGUUACACUUAAUGUCUGACCACACAGGUGAAAGCAUAACUGUUUUUGGUUGUUUCAUCCGUUUGCAAAGGAAAUGGAAAAUAAUUAGGAGGGAGCCUGGUCUGAAUUAUCUUUUUCGCUGGCUUGGUUGCACUUGCGUCUGGCUGAUAAAUGAGGACGAACUUGGAUUUUCCAUGGACAGAGAUGCUGGAUUUUUUUUCACAAGAGACAGCCAGACUGUCCAGUUGCUUGUGAAGAAGCUCGUGCUUCUGAGAGACCCGGACCCUUUCCUCCGUCUUCAGUGUCAGAACACUAAAAAUGAACACGCAGUCUCUCAACACCAUGAGUCACGAGGAGUCCUGUUUUUGGUGGAGUUUAAUUGUAAAGGAAUGUCCUUUUUCUUUCUUCUUCUUGUGUUUCACCUUCCUAUGGAUGGCCAUACUUAAUUCUGCAAGACGUGCAGUACAUGUGGGGUGCGCCACACACCUUGUGUAUAUACCUUCAUUUUAAGAUUGUUUUAAAACAAGUUCAAAAGGCUGGCUGGCGAGCUGCAAAGCUUUUUUUUCCCCUGCUUUUUUUCUCCCCUUCUACCUUGCUAGCACUGGAGAAUGUUUCCGAAACUGCCAGUUUUUUUUGAUCUGAUAUAUUGGCCUGUGACUUUAUUUAUAAUUUUAAAAAACCAUUGCAGAAUUUGUUAGAAUCUAAAACAUUUAAAUGACCUUGUGCGUGACAUGUUUUUUGGGGGCCGAGCUCAUCGCAAUCUUUUUAGCCCCUCCAAAUAUAAUGGCUUGUGCAAUUCUUCGAAGCUGCACUUAAAACUGACGAUUGUCAAAACUGUACGCCCACAUUCUCCUGCUACCAGUGUUGACAAGUGUUCAGUCUAGUCAGACGGCUUUGUUAAGCUUGUGCUUUUGAGUAAUGAAUUAUUUUGUUGUCACCAGCCUUAACUUGUGAAACUGACCCGUCGAGGCGCACUCAGAUCUCCAGUUGAAGUGCGCGGCGUUGGAAAGAGAAAAUAUUCUAUCAUGUAGUAGUACUACUCGCUGCAGUGCAGCUGAAUUGGCAGAGUAUUAGUUUUCUGGAGGAGGUAUUAGCUGUUACGUUGAUCUAUGCUCUUUAAACGCAGCUACAAAAUGUUGGGUAGGACGUUUUACCCCCCCCCCCCAUAUUUUUUUUUCUUUGAAGAAUGUUGGCCUAAUGCAUCAAAAUGAACCAUCUGACCCGAACAUGUAGCAGGAAUUCAUUCUCUGUGGAUUGCAAGUUAGCUGGCUUUCCUAAAAAAAACAGCAAACAAAAGAUGCUUUUCUAAAAACAACCUGAGCAGGUUGGGGCUGCACUUAACGCUCAGAGAUGGGUUCAGGCAAUAACACUGACUGCACUGCUUUUUGUACACUGGUGAUGCCCAGAGGGGAGAAAAGUGUACAGUAUGUUGGUGCAGAAGAUGGGGGGGGGGGGAGACAAUUGGCAUAGAGGGGGAAUGGUCUAGAAAGAUAACAAAAUGACUAUUAGUCAGUCUGCUUGUUUAAAGGAAAGAGAAGAAGAAAAAAAAACCCGGGCACCUCAGACUGCUGAGUUUAUUGCUUAUGUUUCUGCCCUGUUUUUGCUUUGAUGUUUUGGGUUUUACGUUUUUGCAUUUUGAAUGCAACAUAACAGCCUUAAUUUGCAUUGAAGUCGUCUGACCAUUCGUUUGUUUGGUCAGACCCUUUGUGCAAAAGAGGUUCCCCUUAUGAGUACGGUGAGAUGCUCUCUUGACUGUUCUAAUCGAUGAGAAGUGUUAUUGCACAUUUAAUUUAAGCUCUUUUUAAAAGAUACGUGUGAUGAUGAUGAUGAUAAGUUAAAGAUGACCCCUUUUACUUCUCAUUGGUUAGGACUGUGAUCCCUGUUCUCUCAAUUCUGCUGCUGUUGCCCCCGAGAUACAUGCACAUCUAAUCUGGCUGUUUUGAUUUUUGAUAAAUUUUAUUUUAUUUUGGGUGGGUUUGUUGAAAAAUGUUCAAAUUUAUGAAUGCAUUAGUUGAGUGAACAGGGAUCCAACUGUGCAGGCACUUGGCAGCUGUCUGUUGUGUGUCAGCCCACUGGUAGUAAAAACCCACAGCAGAUACUUUGAAAGCAACAAAUCAACAAUCCUUCGAGAUGGUGGUGUAUUUGCUACCUGUUGAUGAGAAGCUGUUUUACUGCCGGUGGCUGUCAUGUCAACCUUAAAGACUGAGACAAGAGCAUCUCGCCAGAGAUCGGGCGACUAAUUGGAAAGUUUGUGAAACCAAAAUUGUCUCAUUCUUUAAGGUCAUUUUUUAAAAUUGCGGGGUGUUUGAAUUAGUGCGCUCGCUGCCCUGAUGCAGAUGUUCAUCCUCUCCUCGAUGCUUGUGACACAUUCACGAUAACGCUCGUGUACAAAUUGGCAAUUCAUCACUAUAUCUGUCGAGGAGGAUAUGAGAGGGGUCCUUUAGGGGAUUCCUUUCAAAACUGAUGCAUCAGUUAAAAUGAAACGGGGAGGAGCCUUUCUGAAAACAGGAUGACACAAUCUAACGAUCCAACGUUACGAUAAUGGGUUUAAGAAAUGUUUUGAAAAAAAAGUUGCCCUUAGAUUUGGAUUCUUUUUCUUUCUUAUUUUCAAAUGAGAUGUUCAAGUGGAGUACACCUUUUUAUUUCCCAAAAAAAAGAGUAUCCAAAUUUAAGUGAAGAAUUUAAAGCCUGAGUUCAUUUUUUUUUAUUAUUUGUUGGAAAUUUGGUCAUCACAUAAUUGGCAAGAUUUUUUUUUUUCAGUGGAGCUAAUUUUACAAUGGACUUCAGUUCAGAGGAUGUCAUGAAAAGUUAUUGGGCACAUUUUGUUGAAAAUAAAGCUCACUGAAAUUUAAA